AAAGUUUAGAUUCUUAUGAAUUACCUAGAGAUCAAGAACAAAUUGGAAUGUUAAGUAAUUUGGUAGAUAAUAUACAUAACAAUAAUAUUAAAAGAAAACGAGAAGAAUCAGAUGCUAAUAUAAUUGAUAAUACAAAGAAAAAUAAAGGAUUUUCUGCAGCUAAAGGUUAG